AUAGGGCGCUUUUUCGCCGUGUAGUUGCCGCAACCACCGGCGGGGCAUUAGCUCUUCGCCAGAGCGCGGCGUAGUGCGGUCUGGUCAGACUGGUUUAUUCGUUUAGUAAAUCUCAGACUCUUUGCUUUGGCUCUCCGCUCCGCUUUGAAGUUUCGCCGUGGCGGAGGGAUGAUGCAUGUUCGCAUCGCGGUGAUUGGGAGAGAGCACGGGGGCAAUGAUGUGAGUGAUUAUAUUUUGAUUGCAUUGCUCACUGUGGUUGGUUGUACGGUGGUGGACGGGACGGCAUUGCUCACUUAGUACAAUAACCGGCACGUCGUCUGCCAGUCUGCUGAAACAGUAAUUUUUUGUGUGCCGUGUUCUUCGUUUGUUGUCGUUUGUUUUGUUCCCUCUCUAUCGCUAUCUUCGCCUUCGCCUUUGCCUUUGCCUCGAAUCCGCUUCAGCUCCAGCUCGAGCGCUCCAGCUCCGGCUGCGCUGCGCUGCUCGACGGUGCUCUGCUGCCACUACCACUCACGUAUUCGCAUUCAGCUUUUGAUGGUAAUUUGCCAGGCCGGGGAAACCUCAGUGAGAGUGCUUUUACAUCCAGUGUCGUCGCCGGACCGGAGCUUAUAACGAGCGUAGUUCUUGUGCAGAGUUUAUUGCCGACAGUUCGCGCGAUCUCGUUUGCCGUCGCUAUCGUCGUCGUAUCGCCCAUCAUGUCGUAUCGCCUGCGUAGCUCCCAGGCGGGUUUGCUUCCUGCGCCGGAACUCUCGUCACUCCGCCUCCGUCAAUUAAUUUAGGCUAUUUACCGAAGGAGAAUGAAAAUAAGAAUUUAAUUAAUGCGUGAUUGGAUUAAUACGUGUUUAUACCUAUACCAUACAUACCUGGUGAUGAAUCCUGCCAAGUGAUGAUGUGUCCCCACAAGUGAACACUGUCCACUACUGUGUAAUAAUGCCAAGGCCCUCGCGCGAAUCCUACGGCGAACAGAAGCCCCCCUACUCGUACAUAUCGCUCACCGCGAUGGCCAUCUGGAGUUCGCCGGAGAAAAUGCUGCCGCUGAGCGAUAUCUACAAGUUCAUCACGGACCGCUUCCCGUAUUACCGGAAGAACACUCAGCGGUGGCAGAACUCGCUACGGCACAACCUCAGCUUCAACGACUGCUUCAUCAAGGUUCCCCGGCGGCCGGACAGGCCCGGCAAGGGUGCCUACUGGGCCCUGCAUCCGCAGGCCUUCGAUAUGUUCGAGAACGGGAGCCUGCUCCGCCGGCGGAAGCGCUUUAAGCUGCACAAGAACGACAAGGAUCUGCUCAACGAGGAGCUCACGGCUCUGGCCAACCUGAAUCGGUUCUUCUUCACCACGCGGAACGGUGGCAGUGCCUCGCAUAUGGCGCCCCUGGACAUGAACAGUGCGUCCAUGAGACUGGAUCCGCUGCCAAGGACUCCCAAUCCGAACCACAUACCCCCCAACUCCCUGGGCCAGGGCGUUGGUCUGCCCGCUCAUGUGAUGCCCAGCUCCAUGGCCAAUGCGGAGCACACGAAUCUCUCGGACAUGGGACUGUCCAAUCUGCCCUCGCUAACCAGUUCCGACAUGGAGCUGCGGCCCAAGCGAUCCUUCACGAUAGAGAGUCUGAUCACGCCCGACAAGCCGGAGCAUCACUCCGAGGACGAGGACGACGAGGACGAUCGCGUGGACAUCGAUGUGGUGGAGUGCAGUGGAAUAGCCAGAUAUCCAACCACGCCCGCCUCUGCCUCCGAGGACUAUAUGUCCGCCAGCCGAUCCAGCCGCACCGAGGAUCCCCUGCCGCCGCUGCACACGAUCAAUGCCGGGGCGCAUGUCCCCUUUCUGCACUAUGCGACGGGUGCCAACGUGGCCGGACUGCAGGCCUCGGGGAUCCAUGGCAGUGCCACCACCUACGAGCUGGCUAUAUCCCAUCCGCUGUUCAUGAUGGCGGCGCCCAUCGCCAACAUGCACAACAUCUACUACAAUAACGUCACUCUCGUGGCCCCGGCGCAGCAAUAUCGGACCCCCGAGGUCCAGACUAGAAUAGACAACGAUAUGCGUACGAUAUAGAUUAUGUAUAGAGCAUUAUUUCCGAACGAUAUCUAUGUAUAUCCAUCCAAACGUAGUUCCUUUCGCAUUAAGGUUAAUUGUAAUAGGACCAAAACAUAUGGCAUACCUAGGCGUAGAGGGCAUGUAAAUAAAGGCUUGUUAUACAGAUUUUAAUAGCUUCUAUUUAACAUAUCCGUACUAGUAAAUUAUUUAUUUUAUUUGUAUCAAACCUAGUGCGUAGAUCGAUCAUUUUGUGAAGAAUAUAAACAUUUA